AUGGAAAACAGUCUACCAAUCAGCAACAAAACCCAGUACGAAGACCUGAUGCCGGUGAUGGCGGAGAAGCUCGACGUGGAGGGUUUUGUGAAGGAGCUCUGCGGAGGGUUUCAGUUACUCUGCGACGCCGAGAAAGGGCUCAUCACGGCGGAGAGCCUGCGGGCGAAUUCGGAGCUUGUGGGGAUGGAAGCGAUGACGGAGCAAGACGCGGAAGCCAUGGUGAGAGAAGGAGAUCUGGACGGCGACGGGGCGCUGAGCGAGACGGAGUUCUGCAUAUUGAUGGUGAGGCUGAGCCCUGGGAUGAUGGAAGAUGCAGAGGCCUGGCUGGAGAAGGCUCUGCAUCAAGAGCUGCUGCGCUCUGAAUCACUUCUUUGA